CUGGACUUUGUAACGACGUCCUCUGCUGGUUGCGUGCAUAUUGCAACUUGCGCAAUCCACAUUCCCUCUGGCGGCCGUCUGCGCAUCCUCUUUCCCCCUGUUGCGGCAAUGGCUUCUGGUACGUUAUAUACCUACCCGGGUAACUUCCGGGCCUACAAGGCCCAGGUCGCCGCACAGUACAGCGGUGCCCAGCUGAACGUGGUCUCGGACCCACCGGCCUUCAAACUCGGCGAAACCAACAAGACACCUGAGUUUCUCAAGAAAUUCCCAGUUGGAAAGGUCCCAGCAUUUGAAGGCAAGGAUGGCACAUGCCUCUUUGAGAGUAAUGCCAUCGCCUAUUACCUGGGCAACGAUCAGCUCCGGGGUACCAGUCCCAAGUCUGCUGCACUGGUCCAACAGUGGGUGAACUUUGCUGACAGCGAAAUCCUCCCGGCUGCAUGUACAUGGGUCUACCCAACCCUGGGGAUCAUGCAGUACAACAAGGGGAACACUGAUCAGGCCAAGGAAGCCAUCAAGAAGGUCCUGACUGUCUUGAACGAGUACCUGAAGACGCGUACUUUCUUGGUUGAUGAGCGUGUCUCCCUUGCAGACAUCUCUGUGGCCUGCAAUCUUCUCCUUCCAUAUCAACAGGUUCUUGAACCUGCCUUCCGUCAACCCUUCGUCAACGUAAACAGAUGGUUUCUGACAUGCGUCAAUCAGCCUCAGUUCAAGGCUGUCUUUGGUGUGGUCAAGCUUUGUGACAAGAUGGCUCAGUUUGAUGCUAAGAAGUUUGCUGAGCUCGCGCCUAAGAAGGACAAGGGCGGCAAGAAAGAGAAGCAGCCUCAGCAGCCCAAACAGGAGAAGAAGAAGGAGAAGAAACAAAAGGAGGAGAAGGAAGUGGAUGAGGCUGAUGAUGUUCCCAAGCAGCCCAAAGCUGUAGACCCAUUUGCUGCUCUAUCAAAGAGUGCUUUCAACAUGGAUGAGUUCAAGAGAACAUAUUCCAACAAGGACACCCUAACUGAAGCACUGCCUUACUUCUGGGAGCAUUUUGACAAGGAGGGUUACUCCCUGUGGUACUCUGAGUACCUGUACCAGUCCGACCUCAACAUGAUCUUCAUGACAUGCAACCUUGUCGGCGGAAUGUUCCAGCGGUUGGAGAAGCUGAAGAAGAAUGCCUUUGCUAAUGUGUGCAUCUUCGGUGAGGACAAGAACAACCAGAUCGCUGGAGUCUGGCUCAUGAGGGGACAAGAGCUGGUUUUCCCUCUGAGUGCGGACUGGCAAAUCGACUACGAGAGCUACUCGUGGCGAAAGCUGGACCCCGACAGUGAGGAGACCAAGCUGCUGGUCCGGGAAUUCUGGUCUGAGGAGGGCGACUUCAAGAUCAUGGGGAGCAGGAAAUUCAACCAGGGCAAAUGCUUCAAGUAAACGGAAAGAUCCCAAACCCCCACUGCACACAGAAUGUCUUAGACUUUAUCAGCAUCCUUCAAGAGGACAAGCAUCACCAUCCCUGCAGAUAAUCUGACUCUCUAGACACAUGGAGAAUUCCACUAAGCUGUCAAUAAAACAAACAAAAACACUGCUA